ACCGUGGGCGGGCGUUUUAUGGCUUCCUCUUUGCCGGUGGAGCAAGUCAAUCCAUCCCCUAGCCAAUCGUCCACCGGAGAUUCCUUCAUUCGCCUUCACCUCAGGAAGCUCGCACCUUAUCAGCCGAUCCUACCUUUUGAGGUGAGAAUAUGGAGACGGAAUAGUUAUAACCCCUUCGAUUUCUUGCUGAGUUGCAAAGUUCUGGCCUUGAUUGUGACCGUCAGACGGAUGGUUUAUUUCCAAUUUACCAAAUGGGAAGUAAUGCUUGGGCUAUGUGAAACGAGGAAGUAUUAAUUGAGCAUGUUCUGUACAAGUCGCGUGUGAUCAUAUGUCAGGGUGAAAGUGAUGAAGGGGACAAUGUCAGGCUAUUGAAUUCUGGAUCAACACUAUUAUUAGUAGAUGGUAUUAUCUACACGCUUGGGGAGAAAGCCAGAGGACAUAGUCAAGCUGGAUGCUAAUGAAAAUCCUUAUGGUCCACCUCCAGAGGUCUUUGAGGCUUUGGGAGCACUAAAAUUUCCUUAUGUUUACCCUGACCCUGAGAGCCGUUGUUUGCGUGCUGCUCUUGCUGAAGAUUCUGGCCUUGAAUCUGAUUAUAUACUGGUUGGGUGUGGUGCAGAUGAGUUGAUUGACUUGAUAAUGAGAUGUGUGCUCGAUCCUGGUGAUAAGAUUGUUGAUUGUCCUCCAACAUUCACAAUGUAUGAGUUUGAUGCAGCGGUUAACGGAGCAAUGGUUAUCAAGGUUCCAAGGAUGGCAGAUUUUUCUUUGGAUAUCCCCCAAAUUGUUGAAGUUGUAGAAAAGGAAAGGCCAAAAUGCAUUUUCCUCACUUCUCCAAACAACCCAGAUGGAAGCAUAAUCAGUGAUGAAGAGCUCCUCCAGAUUCUUAACUUGCCAAUCUUGGUUGUGUUGGAUGAAGCAUACAUUGAAUUCUCUGGACUUCAAUCAAAGAUGAAGUGGGUAAAAAGGCAUGAGAACUUGAUUGUCCUCCGAACCUUUAGCAAAAGAGCAGGUUUAGCUGGGCUCCGUGUUGGCUAUGGGGCCUUUCCUAUUAGCAUCAUCCAAUACUUAUGGCGUGCAAAGCAACCAUACAAUGUAUCUGUUGCAGCAGAGGUUUCUGCGUGUGCAGCUUUGCAAAAUCCUGAAUAUCUGGAGAAUGUUAAGAAUUCUCUAGUGCAAGAAAGGGAAAGGUUGUUUAGUCUUCUAAAAGGAGUGCCCUACCUGAGUCCAUAUCCAAGUUGUUCCAAUUUCAUUCUUUGCAAGGUUACAUCUGGGAAGGAUCCUAAGAAACUUAAGGAAGACCUAGCAAAAAUGGGCGUGAUGAUCCGGCACUACGACAAAAAAGAGCUAAAAGGAUAUGUUCGAAUUUCGGUCGGGAAGCCAGAGCAUACAAAUGUUCUCAUGAAAUGUCUUAAUCUUCUAAAGUAAUCUUCCUCUUUCAAAGGUUUUUGUUCCAUUCAAGAUUGCAAUGCCAAAAGGUUAACUUAAUUGGUCAUUUUAAGUGUAUACAUCCUGCAAAGAGGAAACGGAUAGGAGCGUUGGUUUUUAGAGAAGUCGAUCUGCUUGACUUCAUGUACUAUUUAGAAGUUUAUUUAUGCAUUUUAAACUUGGAAUUGAUUGACAUUUCAUUCA